AUGAAAGUUACCGUUAAAAGUUGGACUGGUGUCGCUACUUGGCGUUGGAUAGCAAACGACGAUAAUUGCGGAAUUUGUCGUAUGCCCUUCGACAGCUGUUGCCCUGAUUGCAAACUGCCUGGCGACGACUGCCCUCUUGUUUGGGGUGCUUGCUCACAUUGUUUUCAUAUACACUGCAUAGUAAAGUGGCUACACUCCCAACCUCAACAACAGUGUCCUAUGUGCCGACAAGAUUGGAAAUUUAAUAAUAAGUGA